GCCGUCCCAGGAGGCGGGUGCAGGCCCCGCGGGGCGAGAGGCCUGUGCCACCCUUAGGGUGACACCGCAGCCCUGCUGCCCCGCAGGGUGCCCAGGCUGGGGCGGGGGACGCAGGGCCUCGCCCGCCUCACCGGGCCCUCCGUCCCCAGCAGCCACCGGCCCCCCGGCACCGACCCCACGGGAGGCUGUCGAGGGCUUCCCCAGCCGCUGCCAGCCCGCAGAGCACGUGUCUGCAGCAAUAAUUGAUGGCCGAGGUCACCCUCGGCCUGUCGGGUCCGGCUCCUCUUUCCGUCUCCGGAGGUUUAAUUACCUCCGGUAACGGCAGCCGGGGCUGGAGGCUCCCGCCGCCGCCGCCGCCACCCGGCACAAUGGUGGAUCCAGUUCCCCAUCAAUCAUUCAUGGCCCCGCCGCUGGCAGGGGUCUCUGGGGGGCGGCGAGGCUGGGGGGAGGGCUGGCCUGCGCCUGGGGUUUUCCAGCCUUCCCGGUGUUAAAUAGGCGCUGCCGGUGCCGGUCGGAGGCACCCGGUCACCCGUGGGGUGAGUUCAGAGGGGGCACAGGGCUCUGGGCUUUUUGGGGUGAAGCAGGAGGUGACGGGGCAGCCCCGUGUCCCAGCGGAGCCAUGGGGUGCGGGAAGGGUCGGGACUGGCUGCAGCCGGGGCUCUGGUAUCCCCUCCGCAGGGACGAUCGGUGUCCCCACCACGGUGUCCCCACCACGGUGUCCCCAUGGGCGUCUUGAGCUGCGUGAAGUAUCUGAUGUUCAUCUUCAACGUGCUGGUGUUUGCUGGGGGGACAUGUCUGGCGGGUGUGGGGCUCUGGGUGGCCGUGGACCCGGCUGGUUUCCAGGACAUCGUGGCUGCCAAGGCGGUGCUGAGCGCUGGUGCUUACCUGCUGCUGGCCGUGGGCAUCGCCCUCUCGCUGCUGGGCUUCCUGGGGUGCUGCGGGGCCCUGCGCCGGAGCCGCCCGCUGCUGCUGGUGUUCUUCAUCCUCGUGAGCCUUGUCUUCAUCACGCAGCUUGUGGGGGCUGUUCUUUUCCUGGUGCACUGGAAACAGAUCCGGCCGGAACUCUUCCUCUCUGAGCUGCAGAGAAACUACCGUGGGGAUGAGAGUGCUGAGGUCUUCUCCACCGCCUGGAACACCCUCAUGGUCACGUUCUCGUGUUGUGGCGUUUUAGGACCCGAAGACUUUGGGAACGGCUCCCGCUUCCAGGAGCUGCACCCAGGGACGCCCUGGCCGCAGGCGUGCUGCACCCGGGAUGGGGUCCUGCAGGCGGGCGAGCUGCUGGGCUGGGAGCAGUGCCAGGAGAGGAGCCCUGGCUACAUCCAUGAGCAGGGCUGCUUCGCCACCUUCGCCAGGACCUUGCAGAAGUACAUCUCUGUCCCUGGGACUUGCAGCUUGGCUGUGCUGGGCAUCGAGAUCUUUGCCAUGUUCUUUGCUUUUUGCCUUUAUUACAACUUCGACUGAGUGGGAUGAAGCGUGUUGGAGACAAGCCAAGGGCUUUGGAAGCAGCAGCAGGCAAGGACGUUCCCUUUCCUGGCGCCCCUAGUUCAGCGUGCUGCCUUCCCCAGGCAGGCAGGAGCCCUGCUGCGUCCUGUCUCUGCUCCAGCCUGCGCCCAAGGGUGGGCCUAGCUGGUUUUUCUUGGAGCAGGGACGGGGCACAGGUCACAUUCUUUGCAGGCAACCAGGCAGAGCAGGGGGCUGAGCCUCAGAGUUGCUCCUGCUGUGAUCUGCCAUCGGUCUUCACAAAAAUCAAAGGGUUCCGGUGACAGUCCUGCCCCUGCACACCUCCCGAGCUGCUGCAGCACCGAAAAUCCUCCCGCUCACUCCUCAUCUCGGGCUUCUGGCCCCGCUCACCACCGCCCUGACUCCUGCAGGCUCCCUUUGGGCUUUCCUCCACCCCUCCUCGCUGGCGCGUCUCUGGCCACCUCCUGGCGACGCGACAGAGUGGGGACACAGCCCGUGCCACCGCUGGAAUCUAACAGCCCGCUCUAGGGGGCUGGAGCCUCGAGGUCUAACGCCUUAGCCUUUAGCAGCCUUGACCUUACACAGAAAACUAAGCCUUUACGAGAGGAUUUCCACAGGCUGGUUGCGAUGUGUCUGUUCCGAGGCUGGGGCAGUGAGAUCAGAACCCAAAACACUUGGUGCUGUUCCUGCUUCUCCAAGAGAAAGCUGGAAAUGGGAAGCUGAAUCGAACUUUUCACAAAAAAGCCCUAGGAAAGGGAAAACCAAAGCCUGCUGCAGCUACACCUGAACAAAAACUGCUCAGGAAUCCAGGCAAGAUUUCUUCUCCUUCUUGCUGAUACUGCUCCCUUUUCUUUUC